GCGGCCCCGCCCCUCCGCCGCGCGCGCUCCCGCCGGGGUUGCGCUGCACCGGGGGCGUGCAUAGCAGAGGAAGUAAAAAUAUGGGAAUAAAAGGUUCAUUAGAGGGUUUAAAAAAAUAGAAAACGUAUUAAAACAUAGUGCUAGCGGUGUUACAUUUUAAAUGUUACUUUUAUUUGCAGAUUUUUAUCAAAAUACCAUGUCCAAAAUUAUUAAAAAUGGCUACAAAAAGACGCAACAUGACCACAAAUGCACACAAUAUGCCUACAACAGACACAAUAUGCUUACAGCAGACACAAUAUGGCUCCAAAAUUGACACAAAAUGACCACAAAGAGACAAAGCGACCACAAAAACACACAAAACGCCUACAAGAGAUGCAAUCUAACCACAAAAACACACAAAAUGUCUAUAAAAAAUGCAAAAAGACAACAAAAACUUAUAAAAUGGCAACAAGAAACACAAUGUUUACAGAAACACCCAAUUUGACCACAAAAAGUAGUGUUUUGUGGCCAUUUUGCAUCUUUAUGUUGAAAUUUUGUUAUUUAGUCUAUAAAGUGUAAUUUUUAUCCUCCUAAUGUCUCUUCUUGACUGUCUAAAAUGAGAAAAUAUUCAAUUAAACAAGCAAAUUACACAUUUUUACAGCAAUAAUGACUUAAAUUAUUGUUAAUAUCAACAGUUUUGGUGAUUAAUUCAAGCUCUUCUCAAAGGAAAACAGUAAAUAAGAGGUUCAUUCAUAUUUUUGUAGCCUUUUUGUUAGUAUUUUUAUCAUUUUCAGUCUCUUUGUGGUCAUAUUGCAUCUUUUUUGCAGCCAUUUUAUGUGUAUUUGUGUCAUUUUGGAUCUCUUUGUGGUCAUUUAUUGUCUUUUUGUGGUCAUUGUGUACGCAUUUGUGUCAUUUUGAGUCUCUUUGUAGUCAUCUUGUAUCUUUUUGUGGCCAUUUUGCAUCUUCUUGUAGCCAUUUUAUUUAUAUUUGUGUCAUUUUGGGUCUCUUUUAGGUCAUUUAGCUUCUUUUUGGAUCAAUUUUGUGCAUUUUUAUGGUCAUAUUACAUCUUUUUUAUGGUCCUUUUGCAUCUUUUUGUAGCCAUUUUACGUAUAUUUAUGUCUUUUUAUGUCUCUUUGGCAUCAUUUAUUGCGUUUCUGUAGCGACCAAAUUACUUUUUUUCUUCCAACCAACCGCGUAAAACCAGAAAAUACUCAAUUUAACAAGCAAAUUAAACAUUUUCGCUGCAAUUAUGACUUAAAUAUUUGGUAAUAUCAACAUUUUUGCUGAUUAUUUCCGGCAGUAGUCGAAGGAAAAUAUUAAAUAAUGGUUUGAAUCUGUUUUUUCUUUUGUCUGACAAACUUCAAAGUUUAGAAAACGAUUACUUGUCCUUUCUGGUGUGACUGGAAUAAAAGCUGCUCACUGACAGGUUGAGACCAUGACUGUGUUUUUAUCCAGCUUUCUGAUGCUAUAAAUUCUUAUUUUAGGAGAAGAAAAGCUUAGUUCUGCCUCACAGCCUCCUCUGGUUUGUUGUCUCCAUCUACAGGACACAUGAGGUACUGCUGCUGUUCAAUCCUACUGUGCUUACUGGAACUAAACUACUGCAGAAGAAUAUCACAAGUUAUGGCAACAGUCUAACAAAAAUGUUUUAACAUCCUGUGUAGUUAUUUUUUUUAAUUUAAAGCAAAAUUCUGUCUGAGACUCGCCGAUCUUUAAUGUCAGAGGGAAGAAAUAUGACACGAUCUGACUCCAGUUCAGUGAUUUAAAAGUUAAUCAUGUUUCUUUAGAGACAGAAACAGUUUGAAAAUCCUGAAGAUCAGACUUGAAACAUUACAGUAAAAACAAACAAAUAAAAGCUUACAUUUAUACCAGGAAGUUGACAACAGUGUAGGUGUAAUUAAUCUGGGGCAUUUACUGAUAUCAGUAAUGAUAUUUAGCAUUUCUCAGCUCUAUACUGACCAUUCUUAAAAAUAUCUUUAGAGAUUUUUUUUCAUAUCUGGUGGAGCUUUGCAUCAUUGGUGGCAGCCUGUCUCUCAUUUUGUGUCAAUUUAGCAUCUUUCCUGGCAAUUUUGUAUGCAUUUGUGUCAUUUUGUGUCUCUUUUGUGACAAUUUUGUAUGCAUUUGUGUCAUUUUGUGUCUCUUUUUUGGCAAUUUUGUAUGCAUUUGUGUCUCUUUUGUGACAAUUUUGUAUGCAUUUGUGUCAUUUUGUGUCCCUUUUGUGGCAAUUUUGUACGCAUUUGUGUCAUUUUGUGUCUCUUUUUUGGCAAUUUUGUACGCAUUUGUGUCAUUUUGUGUCUCUUUUGUGACAAUUUUGUAUGUAUUUGUGUCAUUUUGUGUCUCUUUUGUGACAAUUUUGUAUGUAUUUGUGUCAUUUUGUGUCUCUUUUUGGCAAUUUUGCAUGCAUUUGUGUCAUUUUGUGUCUCUUUUGUGACAAUUUUGUAUAUAUUUGUGUCAUUUUGUGUCUCUUUUGCAUCUUUCUGUGGUCAUUUUGUGUGCAUCUGUGUCAUUUAGGGUCUCUUUGUAGUUAUUUUGCAUCUUUUUGUCACCAUUUUUGUGUUCAUGUAUGUGAUUUUACGUCUCUUUUUGGUCAUUUUGCAUCUUUUUGUAGUUAUUUUAUGUUUCUGUAUGUCAUUCUGGGUCUCUUUGUGGUCAGUUUUUAUGUUCUUGUGGUUGUUUUGCAUCUUUUUUGUAUUAAAUUUGUGUGUAUUUGUGACAUUUUGAGUCUCUCUGUGGGGAUAUUGCAUCUUUUGUGGUCACUUUGCAUCUUUUUGCAGUUAUUUUGUGUUUCUAUAUGUCAUUUUAGGUCUCUUGUAAUCAGUUUUCAUAUUUUGCAUCUUUUUGCAGCAAUUUUGUGUGUUUUUAUGUCAUUUUGUGUUUUUUUGUAGUCAGUUUGUAUCUUUUUGUUGCUAUUUUGUGUGUAUUAGUGUCGUUUUGGAUCUCUUUGUGGUCAUCUUAUUUCUUUUUGUGGUCAUUUUGUGUGCAUUUGUGUCAUUUUGGGUCUAUUUUACAUCUUUUUGUGGUCAUUCAGCUUCUUUUUGUAGCCAUUUUUUUGCAUAUCUGUAGCCAUUUUGCAUCUUUCUACAGCCAUUUUGUGUGCAUUUGUGUCAUUUUGUAUCUCUUUUUGGUCAGUUUGCAUCUUUUUGUAGCCAUUUUGUGUGUAUUUGUGUCAUGUUGUGUCUCUUUCAUCUUGCUGUGGUCAUUUUGCAUCAUCUUAUAGCCAUUUUGUGACAUUAUGCAUUAGAUACUUAUAUUCACAACCUCUAAAUACAAUUUUAAAAUAAAAAUGAAACAAAUCUGUAAAAAUGACAGGUUUAAAUGGACUUAAAAUCAACAACUGUGCAGCAAAAAGAAGCAACUAUCAGCCACAAGCCAGACUUACUGAAAUAAAGUCAGCUGAACCUUCAUGAAUGCUGCUGCUGGGUUUCCUCCUGCAGGAAUCCAGUCACAGUUCUGGGAGUCGUGUUCUCGGUCACCUGUUGCAUUCCAGCAGAACCAGAUCUGGCUGGUCUCCAGUCGGUGGGAGCACUGGGACAGACUGGUUCACUGUGGGGUGACUGGGGGAAGGUUUCUCCUCUCCCCCUCCACUCUCACCCACAGUGUAACCGGAAGAAACCUCCCGUGGCUGCCAGCUCAGAUCGCCUUUCUGCAGAGACACUGAAUCUUGCAGCUCCACAUUUAGACUCCGGGACGAACUUGAUGUUAUUCCAGUGUCUGCACUUCAUGUCCCGUUUAUUAGAUUCACACCCUCUCGUGUUGCAUUCCUCUUUUUGCUGCUCAUUUCCACGUUCAGACGACACAAGUCAUCGUAAACUUCUGGACUUCGGCCGAGUGACGCUCUUUGUUUCCCUCUGCUUUAUAGAAACUCGAGUAUUUGGAUUUUCUUCACAGUUUAUAAUCUCUCACCUAAGAAUUUGUUUACUGCCAACUGUGCCACACUCAUCCUAUUUCUGUUUCCAUGUAUUGUUAUAUAACCGCACUCUGAUGUCAAAUUCCAAUUAUGCAAGUCCGCUCCCAGCGUAAAUAAUUAGGACUUUCUAAUGUCCCAAUGUCUGCAGUGUAUCAGACAGACAAAUAUGCCAAAAUAAGCUGAAAGUCUGAAAUACUGUAACUUUUAAAUACUAUGAAAAUGUGCAAAAAUAACGGCAAAUAUCUGUAAAAUAAUUAUGUUUUGGGUGGAUUUAAAUACAGUGAAAUAGCAACAUUUUAUGAACAUACUACAUGGUGAAGAAAAAAAACACUAUUUGUAAAAAUGUAGAAUUUUAUUAAAGUUUUGGUGUGUUUCUUUAAAGUUACCAUGUUAUUAAUAAUAGCUGUUUUUUCUGUAAAUUCAUUAGUUGUUGUCUGUAAUUUACCAAAACAAGGAAAAUCUGAAAAAGGCUGUCAAAAAAAUGUGUGAAUGAAUUUUCAACUUUUAAUAAACAUAUUUUUUAUUUGUAUUAAUGGCAAGAAUCUGUAAAAUAACAGUAAAAAAAAAUCUGACAUUUCUAAGCUUUAAUAUGUAUUUUUUCCAACAUAUAUCUUUAAACUACACAUAUGAGUAGCAUUUUUUUGUAAAUGCAGUUUUGUUUAUUUUUUCAGUGGUUUUACUGGAAAACAGGAAAACUUAAAUAUUAUUUUUUUAAAUAUAUUUGCCAUUUUUGAGUCCUACAUACAAAACCUGUCUUGAUUUUAAACAGACUUAAAUACAGUUAAACAGCAUAAUUUUCCAAUCAUGCUUACAGUUUGGGCCUGUUUUUAGGGUUAACAUGUAAAACUUAUUUUCUUCUGUGAUUUUAUUAGAUAUUAUUCGUAAAGAAAUCUGUAAAAUAUCAGUUAAUGUUUUUUAUUUCAUUUUAAAUAUACAGAAAUUUUCUAACAACACAAAUAUCUGUAAAAUAAUAUUUUUUCUGAGUCAGUGCAAAAGAAUUAAUUUCUAUUUGAAAAAAUAAAGAUUUUUGACAUCUGCACAUGUGAUUUAAUACAUUGUGGAUUUUAGUAGAUAUUCUGUGUAAUUUAACAAAACAAGGAAAACAGCAGUUAAAACACUUAUUUUCUAUUUUUCUAUAUUAUUUCCCCCCCCAAAUAACAGCAUGUGUGUGUAAAAUAAUGCUCAUCUGGCUGAUUUAAAUACUGUAAAAACUGUGUAAUUUUACAGUCAAAGGUCGUAAAGGAGCUAAAUAUUAUUUGGUUGUUAUGGUUAACAUCUAAAUUAAUCUGUUCUAGCUGGAAUUUAACAAAACAAGAAAAAGCUGUAAAAUAACAAGGAAUUAUUUUAAAACUGUUAUGAUUAAAAACACUUUAAAAACCGUUUAUUUGCUUCAGCGCUCUCUCGGUCGUACGUCAUAGGACUGAAUCUGGGUCUGCUGAGGCGCAGACGGGCCGCCAAGACACGAGACGAUGAAUGCUGUCAUGUAUUCACACGUGUAUGACCCACUAUCUAUCUUUAGGUUCAAACGGAAACUGUGUCCGGCAAAUCCCUCCUCACGAAAAACUCCCGCCGACUCUCCACGUACGACUGAAACGCACCCAAACGUGACAGACGGCAGCCUGUUAAUGUGUCCUAAAUAACUGUCAGAGACCAUGUCAGUCGUCUUGUUCUGCAGGCAGCACAUUUGGGCAAAGACACAACUAUUCAGUGCGUGUUCCACCAUCAGCGUUGGCAUUCAGGCCGACUCUUGACGACUUGUGGCUGGAAAAUGUGAUGGAGAAUCACGAUCUGUAAUAAACAAGAGUCCACAGAGGGCACAUCUGUAUACAUGAUACCUAAGCGUGCAAGAAAAAUAAUGAUGCAAAGACAGAAACAGUUGGAUUUGAGUUACUUCACUGACACGCAUUCAAGUUCCAGCAGCUACCAGUGCAGAAUGACACGAAUUUUCACCUUCGUCCUUCUGAUUUUACCGUAAAAAAGUGGCUUAUAUCAGCCUAACCACGAGGGAGGACUAUUAGUGGUGCAGUUGAGGCCAAAAAAAAUUCAAAUUCAUUGCAAAAUUUGAAAUACAGUGAUAUUUUACUUGACUAGUAGGUUUAUUUUGGCAAGAAAUGACAGAAAAAAGGACAAAACAUAGUAGGAAGUAGCGUUAGAGACGCUACUGGUGAAAAAAUUGAUUCAUGCCUCUUCAUACUGAGAAAAUGCAGCUUCUAUCCCAUCUUAAAUGCUCCUGGGAAGUUCUACCAUGUUCAAGAGCGUUCUAAUGCACUAUAAACUGAAAACAGCUGAUUCAAUAGUUCUCUAAUCAGUUAGUAGUACUGGCUGAAACCAAAGAUCUCAUUGAGGACCUCCAGUGUCCCACUGUUGCUGCUCACAAGAUGUUUAAAGUCUAUAAAGUCUUAGAGUGUUUUUAAGGUCCAGUGUCCACAGUUUGAAGCCUGAUCAAAAAGUCCAAGGAGUUCCACACCAAAAAUACAUGGUCAAAAGGAUUUAAACUCCUUGAAAUUAUUGCAAAUUUGUGACAAAAUAUAGCUUCUAUGUCAUUUCAAAUGUUCAAGAGCUGUGCAGUGGAGACUUUUAUGGUGGAAAAGUGUAUAAAUUCUGCAGGUGUCUAAAAAUAUGUUGAGAACUAGAGAGCAAAAGAAAGUUUUUCAUCAAUGUACAGAAAUAUGUCAUCAGCGUACGUGGAAACUAUCUAGUAUCAAUGAGAGAAAUGUCUAGAUAUAGUUAGACUUCUUGGAAUUGCUGCCAGUUUUUGGAAAAAUGCAGCUUUUAUCUCAUUCCAAAUGUUCCUGGUAAUUUCUACCAUCUUGUAGAGCAGGGGUCACCAACUAUAUUUGCCAGAGGGCCAGAAUUUUACCGGACAGUCACUUUGGGGGCCGGACCCUCAAACAAAAAUUAAAUAAAAAUCGAAUUUUGGCAUAACAUUAUUAUUUGAUGUUUAUUUUUUAUAUUUUUUCCAUUUCAUUACAAAACUGAAGGCAUUUUUAGCCUUUAUGAAUCAGUGCUCCUAUCACCUGUACCACAGUCAACCACUAGGAGUGGUAGAGAUAUUUUGCCUCAUCUCAAGUCAACUUUAUUCACAGAGCACUUGAAAAAGAAACACUGCAGAAGUGACAGGAAAAGGCCUCUUAACACGGGUAAAAUGGCACUCUCUAAGGCCACGAAACGAAAAGUUGAUGUGGAAAACAGAUCCUUUAAUAAUGACUGGACUGACUGCUUUAAUAGUGUGGACCACAUGAUAUUUUCUCUUUGAUCCUCACAAUUUUGGAAUCCAGUCGCGGGCCGGAUUGGACGGUUCGGCGGGCCGGAUUCGGCCCGCGGGCCGCCAGUUGAUGAUCACUGUUGUAGAGCGUUCUCAUCCGCUAUGAACUUCCUCAAUCAGUUCCAAGUCAAAGAUGUCCGUUAAAACCUCCAGUUUCACAUUGCUGCUGCUCACAAGACAUUUAAAGUCUAUAAAGUCAAAUCAGAGUGUUUUCAAGUUCCAGUGUCCACAGUUUGAAGCUUUAUCAAACAGUCCAAUUAGUUCCACACUGAAACAUGUCAAAGAGCUGCUAGGAAGACAGAUGUGAGCCCUGCACUGGAAGAAUGGUAGAGGACAAGAAGAAUCCAAGGAUCAGCACCAAGAGCAUCCUGAUGAAUGUGAGCACUUCUGGUAGCAACAUGUCCAUCAGACACUCCAGCAGACCAACAACAAGGCUGGUCUCCAUGGAUCAGACCAAGGAGGACUCCACUUCUCCAAGACAGACACACUAAAGCUCAGCUGGACCUGCAGCACUUCUCUACUCACUUACUGCUCAAUUACAAGUCAUGUCUGAAGGAAACGGCAUCAUGAGAAAAGAGGAAACAUGGAGAUUGUGGAGGAGAACAUCAGACAGUCUGCAGAAAAACUGCUCCUUGGGCAGCAUUGGAGCUUCCAACAAGAUAAUGAUGUUAAACAUGGAGGAAAAAGUGGUGAAGAAAUGAUGAGAAAAGAAUGAGAAGAUGUUGGAGCAGCCCAGCCAGAGUCCAGACCUGAAUCCAUCCAGAAUCUGUGGAGGAAGUGAAGAGCAGAGUGAUGGAGAGGAAUCAGGGAUAGCAAUGAUUAAUUAAUACACGAGGAAGCGGUCACUAGGACAGAUCUUUGUUAACAGAGAGCAUUGUGGGUGUUUUAGGGAGGAUCUGGCCACCAUGACAAAGACUUCUGUGAUGCUUAAUGACUCCCAACCAGAGCUCAUGUCUAUAAAACAACCUGAGAUGAACAAGGACAAUGUCCUUCUGCUUCAGUGGCAAAGGCAACAUGUUCAUUGACUAUCACAGUAAUAUCAGCACAGGGACCAGCAUGUGUUAUUGAUUACUGAUUGAUGAUGAUGCUGAUUAUCUGUUAAGAAAAUUAUUCAAAAGUUGCAUCCUUAAGAGGUAGCCUUUGAGCUCAAACAGCUUCAAAUCAACAAAAAGAGGAACUAAAGUGGAGUGGAGAUACAAAGAAAGACUGUUAGACACCAGAAUAACUGCUGGACUGAUUACUGAGAAAGAUUUUGAUUAAUUUUGGACAUUAGAAAUACUUAAAAUUCAUCAUUACCAUCUCUAACAUAAUGUCUUGCUGUCAUUUCCAGCCUUGUAGUCAAACAAAAAUUCACUACAAAAUCAAAAUUUGCCCUGAGGAUGAAUAAUUUUGGGGCUUAAAUUGACGUACUUGUUUAACUGCAAUAAAACGUUUCGUAGAAAUCCGCUUACAUCACUUCACCUGACUCAGUUCAAGUUCAUUAUAGCAUCGAUUCUAUCUAUAACCCGGCAGUAAGAGCGACUGUCCCAGAUACUGUACCAGCUGCUGACUUGGAGAAAUGAAUCAAGGCUGCUGGCGUUAGUCAGCACCCGCAUUCUCUGCGUAAUAUCUGACAUCUCCGAGGGCACAUGAACGCAGCGCUGCCGGUGCUGCUGCUGCCUUUAAGUGAGCUGCAGGACAGUGGCGGUUCAGACCGGUGCUGUGGACGGCUGCCUGUGCUCUCUUACUGGGAUUUAUUCCACAGAAACCAGUUCAUCCAGAUGACCGGGACUCAGGAGGAGCCGAUUACUUACGCAAAAAUGAGGGGACUCAUGUCAUUUCUCUCAGCUCUGCUCAAGGGGAAGAAAACUGGCUUCAGCGACUUCUUACACAAACUCGUCUCCAGUCAGCAGCUCUGCCAGCACCUCAACGCUCAGAAAAUCCUGCGGCGCCAAAGCAAACUGAAGAAAAAGAAGGAGGAGAAAGCGUCUCUGAGCUCAGCCAACACAGAGACGUCACAGAUCAAACCAUCAGACUUUGACUACCUCAAAGUUAUCGGCACGGGAAGCUUUGGAAAGGUGCUGCUGGCAAAACACAGGAAACAAGGAGGCUACUACGCCGUGAAAGUGCUGAAGAAAAAGAUGAUCGUCAAGAGGAAGGAGCAGAAGCAUGUGAUGGUGGAGAGAAGCGUCCUGCUAAAAGGUCUUCAGCAUCCAUUCCUGGUUGGACUCCACUGCUCUUUCCAAACACCGAGCACGCUUUACUUCGUCCUGGACUACGUCAACGGAGGCGAGCUCUUCUACCACCUUCAGAGGGAAAUCUGGUUUCCAGAAGCUCGAGCUGCUUUCUACGCUGCAGAGAUGGCAGCAGCUCUGGGUUACCUCCACGCUCUGAACAUCGUCUACAGAGACCUGAAGCCGGAGAACAUCCUGCUGGACCACGAAGGCCACGUGAUGCUGACUGACUUCGGUCUGUGUAAGGAAGGAGUGGCGGUCGGUGGGAUCAUGCACACCUUCUGUGGGACUCCGGAGUAUCUGGCUCCUGAGGUUCUGCAGGGUCGAGCGUACAGCCCGACGGUGGACUGGUGGAGCCUCGGCAUGGUCCUCUACGAGAUGAUCUGCGGAAUACCUCCGUUUUACAGCCGAAGCAAAGUGGAGAUGUUUGAGAACAUCCUCCACGCUCCCCUGCAACUCCACAGCAGGAUUUCUGAAGCCGCCGGCGCUCUGUUGGAGGGAUUGUUGGAGAGAGACGUCUCCAAGCGCCUUGGGCAGAGUCGUGACGUCGCGGAGCUGCAGGAGCAUCCUUUCUUUGCCUCCACCAACUGGGACGACCUCCUGGCAAAGAAAGUUAAACCUCCAUUCAUCCCCAAACUGUCUGGUCCUUGUGACGUGUGCUACAUCGACCCAGAGUUCACGAUACUUCCAAUACCAGCCUCCGUCGACGAGCGGCACCAGGCGGUCGGAGCCAGCGAGGCCUUUCCUGGAUUCUCCUUCACGAACCUGACGGAGUUUGUAGCCAGAGAUCCAGUUUCAUAACAGCUGGGAGUGUGUUUCUUCAAAUAUUUAUUUUAUAUAUCAUAAAUUAUUCAAUGCAAAUCUAUUUUUAAGCACUUGAGCAAAAGAUUCUUGCUCUGCUGCGUGAUUCAUCGGUUGUUAAACAAUAUUUUUAGGUUGUUUUGAGCAUCGCGAGUUUAUAAUAUGGAAUAGGCUGGUCACUAUUUCAUGAAUCCUCACUGUUUUAAUAGAACAAUAAACAUUAAGUCUGGA